AUGCUUCUUCUCCCGACGAUGUUGACUUCCCGAUCUUACGAUAGCGGGAGCGAGGGACUAUUGGCUCUGUUGCGGAAAUUGAAACCUUCACCGGACAAAGAGCUCCGAAUUCUCCUACUGGGACUCGACAAUGCAGGAAAAACGACGAUUUUGAAGAAGAUCGCCUCCGAAGACAUAACACACAUAACGCCAACCCAAGGUUUCAAUAUCAAAAGUGUUUCCACGCAAGGAUUCAAACUCGUGGUAUGGGAUAUCGGUGGGCAACGUAAAAUCCGACCCUAUUGGCAGAACUACUUCGACAGCACAGACAUUUUGAUUUACGUGAUCGACAGCGCGGAUCAGAAACGCUUCGAGGAAACGGGGGUAGAGUUAUACGAACUGAUGCAAUGUGAUAAACUCGUCAGGGUCCCUCUCCUUGUAUUCGCGAACAAGCAGGAUCUGAUGAAUAGUGCGUCGCCCCAGGACAUCGCUGACGGUUUGAAUUUGAAUGGCAUCAAGGACCGCACCUGGCAAAUUCAAGGAUGCAGUGCCCUGACCGGAGAAGGCCUCAAGGACGGCUUGGAAUGGGUAAUCAAAACGGUCAAGCCCAUGACGAAAAGGUGA